AUGUACCAAACUAAAAACACAGAACAAAAAGAAUGUACAUUGAAACAGCUAAGAGAAAAAGUUGAAGAAAUGCAAGUCUUAUAUAUGGAACACGAUAAUCAAUUACGUGAACAAAUGAGAUCAGUGUUGAUGAAUUUAGAAAUAGAACAAACUGCUAGGAAAGAUGCAUCUCUAGAGAUUGGAAAGUCUAAUGUUCAGCUGGAUGUCAGUAAGAAAUCUUACUAUGAGGAUGAAAUAACUAAUGUUGUCGAUAACUUAAGUAAUCCGUUAAAACGUUAUCAGUUUAGUUCCCCAUUUGAAGGCAUUCCAGAUUACUUCAAAGCAUUAAUCAUAAAGUAA